UAGCCCGCGGACACGGUAGGCGGCGGCGGCGGCACCGAGAGACAGUCGCACGCGACGACGGCGGCACGAUGUCGCUGCGCCUGCGCCUGCUCGUACUGCUGCUGGUGCACGCGACGGCCGCGCAAGACCUGCGCAUCGGUGUGGUGGAGUCGGCGCCGGGGCGCGCGCUACAGCUGGCGGCGGCGCUGGAGGCGGCGCUGGGCGAGGGCGCCGCGCUGGUGGCGCCCGUGGAGCCCGACGAGCCGCUCGCCGCGCAGGCGCACGUGUGCGCGCAGGCCGCUGAGGAAGCGGCGGCAGCUGUGAGCAAUGGCGGGGAGCGCGCGGCGGCCCUGGGAGCGGACGCGGCCGCGCGCGCCGGCCUACCGCUGUUGCUGCUGGGGCCCGUCGCCGCCGCCGACGCCGCCUGGGAGGCACUGGCGCUCUACCCGCCCGAUGACAUCAUUGCGCAGGCGGUUGUGGAUCUGUGCGAGGCCAAGGGAUGGCGCAGCGCCGCGCUGCUGCAUGAGGGCAGCGCCCGCGGCAUCGCGCUACUGGCGCCCGACGUGGAGUCACUGAAGCUGCUGCCGCGCCGUCUGCCGCCACCUGACGACGAGUCGCUGCUCAGAAACCUGCUGCUCCUGCUAAAGAAGUCUGGCGUGACGGAGUUUAUCGUUUGGUGCGGUGCGGCGUGCGGCGCGCGCGUGCUGGACGCCGCGCAGCGCGUGGGGCUGCUCUCCGCGCGCCACUCCUACGUGCUGGCCACGCUGGACCUGCACACCAUGCCACUCGCACACUUCAGCCACGGCGGUGCCAACAUCACAACUCUGCAGUUGUACUCGCUCGACAAUAACGAAACAAUGCAGACUGUCGAAGCAUGGCGCGAAGCGUACGAGCGUCGACUGGGCAGCGCUUCGGAAGCGAGGCGGAUCGCCGCAGCACCGCCCGUCGCGCUGCUUCUGGCAUACGAUGCCGCAAGACUGGUAUCGGAGGCGGCGCUGCGGCUGAGCCUGCCGGCGAUGGCGGGCGCGGAUUGCGCGCGCGGCGCCGGCGCCUUCCACGCGGACACGCUGCUCAACUACCUGCGCUCCGAGGACUGGGGCCACAUCUCCUGGGAGGCCGACGGCGCCCGCCGAGAGGUGCAACUAGUGAUAUCGGAGCUGGCGCGCGGCGGAGCGCUGCAGGCGGCGGGCGACUGGGCGGCGCGCGGGGGCCUGCGCUGGACGCGCCGCCCGCACCCCGCGCCGCCGCCCCCGCGACACUCCAUGACCAACCGCACCUUCAACGUGCUCAUCGCCAUAAGUCACCCGUACAUCAUGCGCCGGGAGUCCUCGGAGCGACUGGCGGGUAACGACCGCUACGAAGGUUUCUGCAUAGAGCUGAUAGACAAGCUGGCAAAUCUGUUGCACUUCAACUACACUUUCGUAGAGCAGGAGGACCGCGACUACGGCAAGUACGACAACAAGACCAAGCAGUGGACCGGCAUGAUGCGCCGCCUCAUGGACGACCCGGAAAUCGAUUUCGCCAUUACGGACCUGACGAUCACGGCGGAGCGCGAGGAGGUGGUGGAUUUCACCACCACCUUCAUGAACCUCGGCAUCAGCAUCCUAUUCCAACGGCCCCAGCCGCCGGAACCAGAGGUCUUCGCCUUUUUACUGCCAUUCUCUAAUGGGGUAUGGCUGUGCCUGGGGCUGGCGUACGUUGGCACGUCGCUCCUGCUGUACGUGGUCGGGCGGCUGUGCCCCGAGGAGUGGCAGAACCCGUACCCGUGCGUGGACGAGCCGCUCGCACUCGAGAACCAGUUCACUCUCGCCAACGCACUGUGGUUCAACCUCGGCGCCAUACUGCUGCAGGGCUCCGAGAUCGCGCCUGUGGCGUACGGUACUCGCGCCGUGGCGAGUGUGUGGUGGAUAUUCGCGCUGGUGAUCACCAACGCGUACACCGCGAACCUGGCGACGCUGCUGGCCAAGAAGACCUCCACAGAGCUCAUCCACGACGUCACUGAGCUCGCUAACAACGAGUUCGGCAUCACUUAUGGCGCCAAGGCCGGCGGCUCCACUUACACCUUCUUCGAGCACUCCCAGAACCCAAUGUAUCAGAAAAUGUUUGAAGAAAUGAACAAGCAGAAACUGCCAACGAGCAACGACAUUGGUAUUGAAAAGGUAAUGACUGAAAACUACGCUUUCUUUAUGGAGUCCACGAGCAUCGAGUAUACCAUCGAGCGAAACUGUGAGGUCACUAUGGUGGGAGAGAAUCUGGACAGCAAAGGUUAUGGAAUAGCUAUGAAGAAAAAUUCGACGUACCGGCACGCGAUGAACCUGGCGAUGUUGAACCUGCAAGAGAAGGGGGUGUUGCGUGAUAUGAAACACGAGUGGUGGACACAGAAGCACGGCGGCGGCGCUUGUCAGGUGCCGGACGAGCACGAGAGCCAGAAACUGUCGAUGGCCAGCUUCCUGGGGCUGUUCCUGGUGCUGGUGGUGGGAUGCGUGGCGGGCGUGGUGCUGUCGUGCUGCGACCUGGCGCUGGCGGCGCGGCGCCCGCGCGGCUCCACGCACGCCUUCCGCACGCGCUUCUGGGAGGAGUUGCGGUUCGUCUUCGACUUUGAACGGUCCGUCAAGCCGAUGCAGGGUCCGCUGAUUGAGGAGUCGCCGAGCACUACUCCAGCGAGGUCAUCAUCCACUCGUCGCGAAUCGGAGGGGGAAGGGGAAGAAGUGGAGGGGGAGGAGAGCCCCGAUGAGGCGAGACUGAGGUCCAUGUCGCUGCAGUCUGCGGGUGCCGGCAACGGGGGCAACGGGGGCGCGCCCUGCUCGCACGCGGGGGGCAGAUGGUCCCGGCGGCGGUCGUCGAUGCACGCGGCGAGUGUGCGGCUGGCGCGACACGCCUCCCGCCGCGAGCGCGAGCGCCGCUCAUCCUCGCCGCACGCGCCGCAAGCGCUACACGCCGCGCACGCGCCACACGCCGCGCACGCUCCACACGCCGCGCACGCGCCGCACGCACCGCACGCACCACACGGGGCACACGCCGCGCACUCCACCGACGACCAGCGCGGCGGAUGAUGAACGCCAUCAACAUUAUCCGUACACAUGGAAAAUGGACUACGCAAUACUGUUAUGAUAAUUACAACUCUCUACAAACGGAGAAAAAACUACCAUCACAUAAUAGAUUGGCUGCAAUAUUAUUUCAGUUUCACUACAUGGUUAGCUACGAAACUCGCAGUCUAUUUUCUUUGUCUGAACACUUAUACUCUGUUCACAUUGAGCCUCUACGCGACAACUAGCGGGGACAUGACACGGCUCAUAAAACGGGGAUAACGCAAGCAUAUAAACAUCUCUCUUCUUUUGUUCGAAGAUCUCUUAGACUUUAAGUGAUUCUCGCCCUGCCCAGCACUACGCUGCGGGGUGCAGAUCUGCAUUGCGUUUUGAAUGCACUACGCAUGUUUCAAUGCAAAGAGAUGAACUUGCAAGCAACGUAAAAACAUGCACUCCCGCGAUACGCAGCGUAGUGCGUAACAGUGUGAGAAUCGCCUUACUGUCGACGUUGGCGGUCGCGCUACCCAUAUAUGAAAUUACCUUUGGAGGGUUGUUCACAACACUCCGCCGCAGUUCGAAUGAAAUAAUUCACUGUGACCAAAUGGCGUCAAAUUAAAGCAUUAGAAAUUAUUAUAAGGUAUUCAAAAAAAACCUUACAUUGUACUUUAUAUAGUGUGCUUUUGUUAAUGCCCAAUUUUAUCUUAGAAUUUUAUACCUAAGAACAAAAUGAGUACUUAAAAUACUUCAAUGUAAGCUAGCGAAUUAAACUGUCUCGUUGAAUACUAGUCAAGUGAUAAAUAAUGUAUUUAUUGUUUGUACUUAUUAGGGUAUUGUGUGUAACAUACUUAUAUUAAAAUGAAUGAAUAAACAAGUAUUUGUUUAAAAAACCUUUUUUACUAGCUGACCGAAAAUUUUCUGUCUUGCCUAUUUUUUUUUCUUUCCAUUCAACAGCGUUCCCCUCUGUCGAUUUUCCCCCGCUGUUGGGCCAGCUCAAAAAGAAAACUAGUUACGCUCAGAUAUUUCACUCGACUGACUGAAGUCGCGCGAGUGAAACACACUAACACUAAAGAGACACUUCUUUAGUGUUUAAAGCAAUCAGCAAAUAGCACUGUCUCACACAAAUCUCUGAAAAAGUAAGGAAGGUUAUUGAUAUAAAUAAGGAAAAUAAGGUAAAUUUAAAAAACCAAAAAACACGACUGCUUAAAUCUAUAUACUUAAUAAUAAAUCUGUAGAGAGGUCAAUUCUGUACAUGAAAUAUAUUUUCAAAAUAACUAUCAGGGGGUGAUUAGUGAUCGAUACUGAUGCCAAAAAUGCAAUCAGUAAAAAUUUUGUCUGUCUGUCUGUCUGUCUGUGUGUAUGUUCCUUAUAGAAACAAAAACUACUCGACGGAUUUUAACGAGACUUGGUACAAUUAUUCUUCAUACUCCUGGGCAGGUUAUAGUAUACUUUUCAUCACGCUACAAUCAAUAGGAGCAGAGUAGUGAAGGGAAAUGUUGGGUAAACGGGAGAAGUUACUCCAUUUUUUCAGCUUCCGUCGCGUGUGCAGCUUUAAUGGUUAAAGUUACAUAGAAAUUAUGUAUGACGGAAAUAUUCUACAUAAAAUUGUCUAAAAAAUAUCCCGCAACAGCAUAUAUCUAUCUUUUAUGGUUGACUCACAAUAACACGUGUAACUCCUGAUAGCUUAGCAGUUCGGAGCAUUCCGAUUAUAUAACGUAAAUAUGAGAAUUUUAGUUUGAUUAUAAAUACAGGUAAUAAAAAUAACCGUUUUUAUCUAUAUAUAUGUAUAUAAAAGUCAAAGGGGACUGACUGACAUAGUGAUCUAUCAACGUACAGCCCAAACCACUGGACGGAUCGGGCUGAAAUUUGGCAUGCAGGUAGAUGUUAUGACGUAGGCAUCCGCUAAGAAAGGAUUUUGAUCAAUUCUACCCCCAAGGGGAUGAAAUAGGGAAUGAAAGUUUGUAUGAAACUUUGUCAAUUUUAAACCAAUCGGGCUGAGACUUUGCAUGCAGGUAUAAGAAGAAUCAUAGAUGAAUGUCAUUGUGUUUAAUACAAGCCUGAGUAAAAAAACUAUAGUGUAUACUUCAGCUCUACAGCGAAGCGAAGCGAGGGCGGGCCGCUAGUAUUCAAUAAAAACUAAAAAGAAAAAAAGAAUUCCUGUAUUGUAUAAUUCUGUAAAGUAAGGAACAAAGCUACUUUAGCAGUCGGGACCCAUUAGAUAUUUAAGAAUGGAAUAAAUUUUUCAAUAAUGGGUCCCGA